UUUUUUUUGAUGGCGUCAGUAAAGGACAAAUCGAUUUGCCGCGAUGUCAUUCGGCCUUUAUGAGCACCGGGUUAUAGGGAAGCGGAGGCGCCAUCUUAAGAUACAUCGAGCCACAGCUCCGCCAGCAGACAGGAAUCCAAUAUGUACCCGAGCUCUUUGACACAGCUUGCUCGGGCUAACCUGUUCAGCGCUCCGCUAUUCACGCUCCAGAAAGUGGAAGAACCCCAUCAGAGCCUUCAUGGACAGAGCACCCGCAGAUUUGCAGCAGCUGCCGUCGCAGAAGAGGGAGACAGUUGUGAGUACGGCUCUCAGAAGUAUUUCGCCCUGUGUGGCUUUGGUGGGAUUAUUAGCUGUGGCACCACACACACAGCAGUCGUUCCCCUCGAUCUGGUCAAAUGCAGAUUGCAGGUGAACCCAGAUAAGUUCAAGAGCAUUGGGAAUGGUUUUGCUGUGACAGUGAGGGAAGAUGGUGUCAGAGGCUUGGCAAAGGGCUGGGCCCCCACCUUCAUCGGCUAUUCCAUGCAGGGAUUGUGCAAGUUCGGCUUCUACGAGGUGUUCAAGAUCUUCUACGGCAACCUGCUGGGAGAGGAGAAUGCCUACCUGUGGAGGACAUCACUGUACCUGGCUGCCUCGGCCAGCGCAGAGUUCUUUGCUGACAUUGCCCUGUCUCCCAUGGAGGCUGUCAAAGUUCGCAUCCAGACCCAGCCAGGCUAUGCCAACACCCUCAGACAGUGUGCCCCUAAGAUGUAUGCAGAGGAGGGGCUGUGGGCGUUCUAUAAGGGUGUGGUGCCCUUGUGGAUGAGACAGAUCCCCUACACUAUGAUGAAGUUUGCUUGCUUCGAGCGUACGCUGGAAAUGCUCUACAAGUAUGUUGUUCCCAAGCCCCGCAGUGAGUGCAGCAAAGGUGAACAACUGGUUGUCACCUUCGUGGCAGGUUACAUCGCUGGUGUGUUCUGUGCCAUCGUAUCCCACCCUGCUGACUCUGUGGUAUCCGUGCUGAACAAGGAAAAGGGCAGCACUGCUUUGCAGGUCCUCAAGAAGCUUGGACCCAAAGGUGUGUGGAAGGGCCUGGUUGCCCGUAUCAUCAUGAUUGGUACUCUGACCGCCCUGCAGUGGUUCAUUUAUGACUCUGUCAAGGUCUACUUCCGCCUGCCCCGCCCCCCUCCCCCUGAGAUGCCAGAGUCCCUGAAGAAGAAGCUUGGCCUCACAGAGUAAACUGCUCAGAGCUGACACAUCUGAACCCCACAACUUCCACGGUGCACAGCGGUUUUCUAUAUUUGUCCUCGGCUCCCACAGAGCUGCUACUACUACUACUACUCAUGUAUAUUUAAAAGGAGAGAAGAUGGACCUGUUGCUCUUGGCUUACCAAGGGUUAGACAAAGUAUUCCCCUGUAGAAAUGUGUCUGGUUUUAUCAGUUCCUCUUUAUUAGAUGAUGUGGACAUUCUAAUAAAGGGCUUGAAAUCCCUGGAAAA